UGCAGUUAACCUUCAAAGACAGCAGCACACUGACACCGGGGUUGGUGGGAUCUGGGAAGACAUUACCCCGAUAAUCUACAUCCUUUGAGGCCCACCAUCUAAAAUCAGAAUGGAAGCUCAGCGGGGAAAACCACUCAGCUGUGGGACAAUUUGUCUGAAAUAUCUACUUUUUCUCUUUAAUAUUCUUUUUUGGCUGGCAGGAGGGGCUGUGCUGGCAGUCGGCGUCUGGACUUUGGUGGAAAAGAGCGAAUACAUCAGUUUAUUGAGCUCCAGCUUCUACUCAGUCUCGGCUUAUAUCCUGAUCGCUGCCGGGGUCAUUGUGAUAGUGACGGGGAUCAUCGGAUGCUGUGCCACUCUGAAGGAGAUGAAGAGUCUUUUGAUCGUGUAUUUGGUCUUGUUGCUCGGUAUCUUCCUGCUGGAAAUCAUUGCUGGUGUGCUGGCUUACAUUACCUACCAAGAGCUUGACGAGGAGAUGAGACAGAAUCUGAAGGUGACAAUGCAGCAGAAAUACCAGCAGCCGGGGGAGGAGAGCAUCACACAGGCUGUGGAUAAACUUCAGCAGGAGUUUAAGUGUUGCGGCAGUCAUAACUCCUCAGACUGGGGAGACUGUGUGUGGAUCCAGUCAGCAGAGAACAAGCGGCUUGUUCCUGAUAGCUGCUGUAAAAGUCCCAGUAACCUCUGUGGACGCAGGGACCAUCCCUCCAACAUCUACAAGGUGGAGGGAGGCUGCAUUAUGAAGUUAGAGGAGUUCAUCCUGAGUCAGUUGUAUAUUAUCGGUGCAGUGGGAAUCGGGAUUGCAUUUCUACAGCUUGUGGGGAUGAUGUUUACUUGCUGCCUUUAUCAAAAUUUGAAAGAUGAUCCAUACUGAUUUUUGACUUUGUUUUAAUAUUGCAAAAUGUGUCACAUCAUGAAUUGUAAAAUAUGUUAUAGGUAUUUUAAUAGCCAAGUUAUUUAUACAGUUCUGGAUGCUGUGAAGCUGUUAACUCAAAUUAUGACAUGAUUUAAAAAAUACACACAGAUGAGAUGCUGUAAUGCUGAUGAACAGCAAUGUUCUCUUUUUGCAAAAUAGCAUUGUAUGCUUUAAAUAUCGUCCCUUUUUAUAUUAAUAGUAUGACGUUUGGAUGAACUUGGAUGAACUAAAAACACAUUUUACAGA